AUGGAGAAUCCGAACGUGGAUCCUGAUGCGAGAAUCAUCGCUCCAGACGGAUUGCCGUUGACCAUCAUUGUCAUUUCGUGUGUCUUCCUUGGUCUCUCGAUCAUAUCUGUGUCUCUAAGGGCAUAUGUUCGUCUCGUGAAGGGUACGUUUGGUUUGGAUGAUGCUUUUGUUGCAAUUGGCACGGUCGUUUAUACCGCAGUCAUCGGACUAGCGAUCUACGGGUGUCUCGUUGGCCUCGGAAGACUGGAGGAAGAUCUGAACGCCUGGCAGUGGGCUGAAGCCAUGAAGUACUACAUCAUCUGGAUCCUGAUGUAUGUUGUCGGCCUGGCUUUGAUAAAGUCGUCUAUUUGCAUCACCAUACAGCGUAUUGCCUCGACAAAGAAAGGUCUCGUCUAUGCUGUCUGGGCUCUGCUUGCCGUGACAUGGGCAUCCUUUCUCAUCACCUUCCUCGGAACGCUGCUCUACUGCCAACCGAUUCGCGCAAUCUGGACACCCGCGUUGAUCAUUAGCGGAGAAGGAACAUGCGCUCCAGUCGAUACUUUCGUAGUCAUAGGCCACGUCGCUACGGUAUCAACGAUCGCAACGGAUCUGGCACUUGUCGUCGUACCCGCGGUCAUGCUGUGGAACACGCAGAUGAAGAGACAGGCAAAGAUCCAGGCUUUUGGGCUGCUAUCAUUCGCAUCAAUCGCAUCAGUCAUCACCAUGGUCAGGAUUCCUUAUGUGAACAAGUUUGAAGGUGGGGUGAAUCUGCAAUUCUGGGUCUCUCACACCAUGAUAUGCUCUAACAUCGAAACCGGCAUCGGCUGCAUAGCCUCCUCGGUCCCCUCAUUACGGCAUUUCUUCCGGCGCAACGUCGAUGGGAGCUCUGGUCCCAGCAACAAGAGGAGUGGGACAGGAACUCAGCUAGUGAAAGUCGGAGGAUCACGUCAGCCUAGAAGACUGCGCGACAGCUUCCGCAAUCCUACAGAUAUUGGGUUCAGUCUAUCGACCGUGCAUCAUGGAAGAGCUGAUGAUAAUUGGGAGCGAUUGGAUGGGGAUUCAGACAAGAGCGAUGUACCGAUUGACCCGAAGAGGAUAUAUGCUGAGCGCAGCUAUGCUGUGGAAAUUGAGUCGGACUCGGAAGUAAGGAGACAAGAUCACAGACAUUCACAUGGAUACGCCGUGUAA